AUGAAUAUUAAUAAUAUUGUUUCUUCAAUAUCUUUCAACAACGAAGAGUCCAACGCUGAAAUAUGUUUUGAUUCAACUUUUUUUGAAAACUAUGAAAGUAAUUUUACACAACUAGUUCAAAACUUAAAUGAAGUCAACUCACUCGACCCAGACAAAUAUUCAGAUAGAAUCAAUGAAGUUUUUUAUGAUAUAUUCAAAGCAUAUGAAAACAAUGAACAUGAUUUUAAAUUAUCAACAAAGUUGAUUGAAUUGGCUAAUUCAAUGUUACUUAAACUAGAUAAUAAACAAAAGGUCUUGUCACUUUUUAUCUCGAUGCUAAAUUCUUUCCCAUUAGAGGUCCCGAUGCUUUCAAAUAUGAUUCAAGGGUGUUCUGCCUUAAAAGAAGGUGGUAUUUUAGCAUAUUUUUUUAAUGAAAAAUUCUUAAUGAAAAUUGGAAUUUUCACGGACGCAAAUAAUAAAAUAUUCAAGAAAAAGUUGGUCAAUGAAAAAUAUGUGAUUCCCAAAUACCACAUGCUCUUUGAGAAUAAUCGUGGCUGGUCGGAAUUGCUAACUUUGUUUUAUUUAGCAUUUCAAGAUAAUCAAAAAGCUUAUAAGAUUGAUUGUUUUUAUUCUAAGCAUCUAGAAAAUAUUAUUGGGAAGUACCAGUUAGAUACACUCAAAGUUUUGGAAGUCAUCUUGGAUAUUUUUUUGCAGCAAGAAUACACUGCCUGUAAUUCCGAAUUUAUUGUUAAAUUAUUGAAAAACUCUAUAUUUUGGCCGGAAAAAGAAGCCAAUUUAGAACAUUUGGAUCAAGAGGGUGGUAAUGUUAUUGCAGCUAAAAUUUUGGUAAGUAAACUAAUAUUUGAACAAUAUUGUCAAAGAAAAUGUUUUUUAAUUAUUGCAAUUUUAAUGAAAGUUGGCUUCGUUUCAUUUGCGUCAAUUUACAACUUAUUAACACCAACUGAUGACUCCAUUCACAAGUAUUUAGAACUUCGUAAGAAAGAAUUACAGGAAGAAGGCGCUAGGGUUUCCCAAGCAAGUAACCCAUUAGCUACUGCAGCUCCAUUAAGUAAUGAUGACGGAGGUGAUAAUGACACAACUCGUUCAAGCAACUUGUCAAGUGAUACCAACAACAACAAGAAAGAAGGUUCAGAACCAGUUUCCGAAGAAACCAAGGAUGAAAAUGAAUCGAAACUAACUAGCGUUCAUGAGAAAGAAGAACUAGGUACACUAGUCGAAAAAUCUUUAAAAGUAACUUUUUUAGAAUUUUUACUAGAAUAUGGUUGCUAUUGGCCUUCAAUAUAUUUACUAAGAAAAUUUCCAUUUUUGAUAGAGAUAAAUGAAAACUUGGGUCCUUUAAUUUGUAGAAUGUUCAAUUACCUCAUAGACGACUUGUAUAAAAAGUGUGUUAAUGGUACUAAGUUUAUUGGAUUACAAUCCAACCUAAUAAAAGCUUCAAUUUCAGAUGGAUUUAUCGACAAACUACCGCAAUUUAUGGUUAGUGAUUCAAUUUCAGAACCUAUAUUCGUUAGCCAACCGCCUUCAGAAUAUGAAUACUUUUAUUCAGAAUGGCCAGAUAAUUUAACUCAGGUUAAUAAUAUAAAUGAUUUUUUCCGUAUAUCACAUGAACUAUUAUUUACGAUUGUUCCUAAAAUGAACAUUGCUGAGGGCCCAACUAUUAUUUCCAAAAUUGUUAGUAUUGCUAGUUACCACUUAAAUCAAGAUGGCUCAAGUGGAAAUUUAGACAAGUGGUUCGACUACACUCGUAAAUUUUUAUAUCCAUGCACCUGCUUUUUAGACACUGUAUCAAUUAAUUUAAUUUACAGGAUUCUUUAUAAAUUCCCCUUUGAACUAAGAUUUCAAUUAUAUCAUGAAAUGAUGAAUAAAUUAUCUUCCGAUAACUUGUUUAUAACAUUAGAAUAUAGGAAACACGAAAAAUUAUCCAAAUCGGCAUUGAAAUCCUUAAGUGUGGAAAACGAAUAUACCCAAAUGAGAAAAAUUUCUAACUUAGCCAAUGUGGAUCCUUUGGCUGUUUUAAACUCUGUGGUUUCUCAAAUUGAGAAUUAUGACAAAGUUGCCUCCUUAAUUGUGUCUGGCUCGUCUUAUUUUAGCCACUACUGCUUAGACGUUUUCCAAUAUGUUUUAUUACUGCGUUUGGCUUCUAGAAGAACAACUGUGCAAAGUGAUGGUAUAAACAUGGCUAUGUGGGUCCAAAGGUUAACAAUUUUCAUUUCUGAACUGAUUAAACACUGCCCUAGUUUUGAUCCAGUAAACAUUAAUAAUUAUAUAAUUAAAAUGUUGGUGAAACAAGAUUUUGUUUCCAUAACUUUAUUGAAAGAAAUUGUUGUUCGAGUUACCGGUAUUCAAAACCUAAAUGAUAUUAAUGAGAAUCAAUUAUAUAUGCUAAAUGCUUCUGAUAGUUUAAAGCAUUCCGGAAGAUCGGCGAUCCAUGAUAACAGAUACAAACAAAAAACACCCACGGUCUCGUAUUUGCAAAGUUUUGUCAGAUGCCAGCCUGACUCAAUCUCAAAAACAAUUAUAUUACUUUACAAGUUUCUUUCCUCUUUAAACUCCAAGGAAUCCCAUUAUAAAAUUUUAUCCUCAAGGUAUGACGAAAUAAUAACUUUGUUAUGGUCUUUUAUUGAAAUGUGCCAGUAUUUUUUAAGCACAACUGAGUAUGAAAGCAAUGUAUUAUCGUUUAGUAGACUAAUUAAUGAAAGACGAGUACCAAUUACUUGGGCUUUCCAUAUUUGGAGGGAUCAUUACAGUACUAUGGGCCUUGACAAAUUUAAUGAGGAAUUAGGAAAAGCAGACUUUGAUAUUAACUUUGUUGAUAUUUCAAGAGAUUUCUAUACCGAAUUUUGGAAAUAUUCUUUGUACGACAUUCACUUUGACGAACAGCUGUACAACGUUGAGAUAUCUAGACUUGUUGAUUUUUAUGCUAAUAAACCAAUGGAAAGGGAGCAAGAAAAAAGACUCAAGAGUUAUGUGCUUAAUGAUUUGCAAGAACAUAAGGCCAUCUUCGAACAAAGGCUUUCUCAAUUAUGCGUUUUGAAAAAUGAUUGUUUCCCCAAAAAUUUAACAACAGGGAAUAUUAAAUCUCUAUUGGGAUAUUGUAUCAUUCCAAGAGUAAUAUUUAGUAAUAGUGAUGCUUUGUAUUCCGCAGAAUUUUUAUUUGCUUUGUUUGAGAAAGAUGAGUUAUUUUUAAUUUAUAACUUUUGGUUUAAUUCUGGUAUAUUUAGGUCACUACUAUUCAGUAGUACUGUCCUAGAAUCUGGCAAUAUUGGUAUUUUUGUUAAAAAAUCCUUGGAAAAAUUUGAAAUUUGGAGAAAAACUGGUAAGCUAACUAAUGAUGAAUCGAAAAAUUUGUAUAAAUGGCAUGCCAAUUUAAUAGCUGUAGUUUCGAAAUUAUUGGGCGAGUCAAACUACAUGUCGAUUAGGAAUUGUAUUGAGUUUUUGAAGCAAAUUAUCAUGGUAUUUCCUAUAUUAGAUAUUCAAGUUGAAGAAUUAAUUAAGCAUAUUAACUUUCAAUUAUUGUCAGAAAAAAGGGAGGAUAUAAUUCUACCAAGUAAUGCACUAUUGGGGUUUUUAAGAUCUCGUUUAAGAAAUCCAAUUAAGCUAUCUGAUUUUUAUAAACUUUCAGAAGAUGAGAAGGAAGAUUAUCAAAAAAUAUUAAAGUCUGAGGAGAUUUUAACAGAAUAUGAAAAGUUAAAAAGCAAAGAAAGGUCUAGUGAUUUUAAUAAUAUUAGUACAAAAAGGAGUGUACCAGAACAGUCUUUUGAAAAUAGUACUCUUACAAAAAAGAGAAAACUGGAUUCGGAUACUACUAUAUUACCACAAGAAAAAACUAAGAAUGGAGAAAAUGAUAUGAUUGCUGUAACUACUCCAGAAAGUGAACAUUUAAGUAAUACUUCCGCAGGAAUAGAUAAUAAUGAUAAGGCUAGCCCAACUGCUGUGGACACGACUGUGACAACCAAUAAGCCAAAUAUGACAUCUAUUCCUUUUAACGCAGCACAGAAAGAAAGCAUGAUGACAGCCAAAGGGUCUACAACUGGUACUACUCCGGAUCUUGGAGCUAACAACAGUGCUAACACUACAACUGCACUCAAUAUUGAUGAAAACAAAGAGGAAACAACGGACAAUACAUGUUUUAGGAAAAAUGAUACUAAUUUAGAAUUGGAUAGUAAUAUAAAAAUCGCAAAAAAGGAUGUUGACAGCAAAUUAAAUGAUCAAGAUGAAAAUACUACUGCCGUUUCACGUACUGCUAUCACUGUUUCUAAUACAAUCACAAGCGGGGAUGUUUCACCAUCGCCAUCACCAGCAGCAGAUAACAGCGAUGUAUCUGGUAAUGUACAUGAAAGUACCAAAAGAAGUAGUUUAGGUGCUAACACUUUUGCUACUAAUGUAAAUAAAAACUCUAACGAUUUCCAACCAAAAAAUAGAGCAUACUACAGGAACUAUUAUGCUAGAGAAUACGAUCACGGUUCCAAUGCAGCAAAAAUAAUAAUUGAUUUAAUGGAUGAUUUUGCAAAUUUUGACUUGGUUGCGGCCUUUAAAAGGCUAGAUGACGUUAGAAUUUUUGAAAGAUUUUACAAUAGUUGUUUUGAAAAAACAAAGAAUAAUACAGAUAUUACCAAAUUUAUAUUUUCUAUUGUUUGGAAUAAGGUUAUAAGCUAUGAAAACAAUCCAGAGACUACCCGUCUAAAAUCUGAAUUUAAUAAUGUAAUCUUUCUUGAAUUUGCACUAUAUUUUCAAAAUGAUAGGGAGGUGCUACUUAAGGAAUUAGAACGGGUUAAUGCUACUGUAUACAACGGGGAGAUCCAGAAAAAAACGAGCUCUGCUAGGAAAAAUAACGAAACUAGUUAUAGUAGAUUUGAUAAUCAAGGAAUAAAACGUGAUUCCGACCAUGUAAGUAGAUUUGCUUAUAGGAAUGACAAUCGUGUUCAUACAAAUAGCAGAGAUUACAAAAAUGAUUACAAAUCAAACAGUAGGAGUGCAAAUACAAGUGACAACAGCAACCAUAAUAGAAGAGAGUAUUUAUCAGAGAAAAAAGAUGUAACUAGCAUUGCAAAUUACAAUAUGAAAGUCAGCAGUAUUGAUACUUUGACUGGCAACGGUGACGGAGGUAAUGGAAAUGAUGAUAAUGACAACAAUAGCGGUCGUAGUCACUCCCAACAAGAUGCCAAUUCCGGAUAUGGUCGUUCUUAUGAUGCUAACACCACAUCUUCGGUAUCAUCCUCUUCAAAAACUAGCAAUUACAGAAGAAAUAUUCCUAACCAAGAUGGAAAAAGAAUUGCUAUGUCCAACCAAAGAAAAGAUUCUAGAUCGCAACAACAUGGUGGAUAUAAUCGUAACUCGGUUGACCGUAACAGACCUAGUUAUGAAAGAACUGGUAGGUCUGGAUCAUACAGUAGGAGAUAG